ACAAGUCGAGAGGCCUGGAAGCCUGGGAGCCGCGGGUUAGGAAAUGUGACCCCGGCGACCUCAAACACCCACCUCCUCCCUCGCUCGCUGCCCCACCUGCCCGCGGAGCGCACAGAGCCAGCCGAGGAGACGAUGGCCAGCCCCGCGCCCUUAGUGGCCUCCAUCAGCCACCAAAUGUUGGCUUUGCAGACCCUGCAGCUCCUGCAGCAGGAGUGGGGCUGUGGGGACGGACCGGGCGCCCGUGGAAAUUCGCGCGACCCGGACCACGUGUCCGCCACUCCAGCNNNNAGGAAUGGGGAGCUCCGGGGGCAGGCGAGCUCCCCUGAGGUAGAAGUAGUGCCAGGCACCGAGGGGGGCGCGGAGCUGCUGCCCUGCCCCCAGGGCCGCGGGCCAUGCACCCUGGCCCGGAUGGCAAUGCGAAGUGCACUGGCCCGAGUGGUGGACUCGACCUCAGAGCUGGUCAGUGUGGAGCAGACGUUGCUGAGUCCCCUGCUGCAGGAGCGAUCCUUCCCCAUCCACCUGAAGGACAGUGUUGAGUUUAGAAACAUCUGCAGUCAUCUGGCUCUACAGAUCGAAGGACAGCAGUUUGACAGAGAUUUGAAUGCUGCUCACCAGUGUUUGAAGACAAUAGUUAAGAAGUUGAUACAGUCACUUGCUAACCUUCCUUCUGAUGCUCAUGUGGUAGCCUGUGCUUCGUUGAGACAGAUCUUACAGAAUCUCCCAGACAUAUGAGUGCUCAGGACACUGGAAUCAAAACCACAGCUAAGCACUGCUAAGAAAACUAGGGACCUUACCUUCCUAAUUAAAUCAGCAAACAAUGGAUGUUUUGAUUCUCACUAAAGAGACACUUGAUACAAUAUAUAGCAAUCUGACCAGUGGCAUCUGUACCCUUAUAGCAUGUUGGUGAAGAAUUUUUGAAACAGUACUUCACAUUUUUAAAUAUGUUGUCAUAUUUGAUGACUUUUUUUGAUGGAAACAUAUUCUACUUUGUGGAACUAAUUGGAUUCUAUAUGUAUAUAAAUAUUUAUUAAUUCAUAUUAAGUAUUCACUUUAAUUGAAUGAUACAUGAAUCUAAAUAUAGAUUCAUGUAGACCUAUGAGGUUUAAUAUGGUGGCUAUUCAUAUGAUUAAAGAUACAUGUUUCUUCAAUUAUCUUGAAUAAAUGGGGUGUUGGUAAUUGAUAAUUGUACUUACUGAGCACUUUAUUUUUUGUUAUGAGACUGAUCUCGAGCUAUUGUAGGACCACAUAUGUUGGUAAUUAUGAGUCCCAAUCCUGGCAUUAAUAACUUACUGUUGGGCAGGAGAAGAGCUGCUUCUAAACCUUGUGCUUUCAUAUACUGCUUUGUAAAUUUUGAAUGAUAAUGAGCUAUGAAGUACCAGGAUUAUAUGGUAUGUGAAUACAAAUACUACAGUAUUAUUAAAGUCAUAUGGAAACAUCUAGCCCUUCUUACUGUUUCUAAAUAUUCCACUUGAAGUAGGAAAUUCUUGUGAAAAAUAGGAGGGGUUGAAUAUACUGGCAGGUUUCCCUAAAUAUUUAUAGUUAUGCAAAAAGAGGGUGACUAUUUCCACAACAAUGAUCUGCACAAGCUUAGGAGAAACUACAUUUCUUGUUGUUUAAUGAUGACUAUGUUGAAAACCAAAGUACAUUGAAAUGCUACUUUUCCCUUAAAAAUAAAAUAGAAAUGACAUCAGGUUUAGAAAAAAAAAGAGUACAAUGUAUUUGUGCAUCUUGUUUCCUAGAGGAAUGAAAAACUGGGUCUGUAUGGUGAGAGUACAUCUACUAUUAAAAAAGAAAGUGUUAAUAGUGUGGAUGAAA